AUGUCGCGCAGGGUCGACGUUGUCGUCUGCUUGGGCGGUGACGGCACGCUGCUGUGGGCGUCGUCGCUCUUCCCGCGCGCCAUGCCGCCCGUCAUCUCCUUCUCGAUGGGCUCGCUCGGCUUCCUGACCCCCUUCCCGUACGAGCAGCACGAGGCGCAGCUCCGGCAGCUCAUCCGUGGCGGCUGCCACCUGACGCCGCGCGUCCGCCUCUCGUGCCGCAUACGGCGGAAGCGCGCCACCGGCGGAGGAGGCGACGGUGGAGGAGGCGGCGGCGGGGUGGGCCGCGCGGGCUUGGGCGGGGCGGCCGAGGACGACGGCGAGGAGUGGCUCGCGCUCAACGAGGUUGUGAUCGACCGCGGCGAAGCGACCUUUCUCGGGAUGCUCGAGCUCUACGUCGACGAGAGCCACGUGACCACGGCGCAGGCCGACGCUCGCCGUGUGGAUGCACCAGGCUCCACCGCCUACUCGCUCGCGGCGGGCGGCCCCCUCGUCGCGCCGUCAAACCCUUCCAUCCUGCUGACGCCCAUCUGCCCGCACUCCCUCUCCUUCCGGCCGACCGUGCUGCCAGACUCGGUGGUUGUGCGCGUCGAGCUUCCCGAGGGAGCCGCGCGCCUCGGCUCGCGCGUCUCGACGGCGCAAGUCUCAUUCGACGGCCGCUGCCCGCAGACCCUCCACCCCGGCGAUUGCGUCGUCGUCACAACGUCGCACUGGCCGGUGCCGGGCGUGUGCGCCAUCGACCAGCACGCCGAUUGGUUCACGUCGGUGCGCGAGAAGCUGCUGUGGAACGUGCGGGAGCUUCAGGAGAUGACGGCGCCACCGCACGGCGCUGAGCGGGCCGCCGCUAAGUCGGACCGCCAUCGGACCUUCCCCUGCAUUUGA